AUGGGUAGGGGGCGAGCUCCCUGUUGUGACAAGGCCGGAUUGAAAAAUGGUCCAUGGACCCCUGCAGAGGACUUGAGACUCAUUGCCUUCAUUCAGAACCAUGGACAUGGCAACUGGCGUGCUCUCCCUAAACUAGCAGGAUUGCUGCGUUGUGGGAAGAGUUGCCGAUUGAGAUGGACUAAUUACCUUCGACCCGACAUCAAGAGGGGGAAUUUCACUAAUGAAGAGGAGGAAACUAUAAUUAAGCUACAUGAAAUGCUUGGAAACAAGUGGUCAAAAAUUGCUUCUAACUUACCUGGGAGAACUGACAAUGAGAUUAAGAAUGUGUGGAAUACACACUUGAAGAAGCGAUUAGCUAAUUUGAAAGGACAAAACCCUUCUGGGAAUGAGCACAAAGAAGUGUCUGUGUCUGUCACUACCUCCUCAUUUUCCUCCAGUUCAUCUAUAUCUUACUCUAAUCAAGUUAUAGGUAGAAAGAGUGAACCAAAUGGCCAUAAUUUAUCUGUGUCUGAGAGCCCAACUGAGGAAUUGGAGAAGAAGCAUGGGUCCCUAGUUGAUGAAGCAGUCCCAAUCCAAUGGAAUGAUUUCCCCGAUGUGUUCGAGAACCAUGAUACCAAGAAACUCCGGAGAUCGCCGUCGUCGUCAUCUUGUAGUUCAUCUAGUUUAGAUUCAAUCCAAGUUGAUGGGUCUAGACUAGAAGAACAAACAUGUUUUAAGGACGUGGACGACCAAGAUAUCUCAGAACAGAUACUUGAAAUACCAUAUGAGCCUAACCUAGACUUAUGGGACAUGUUAGAAGAUGAUAUGAGUUUUUCUACAUCAAUUAUAUUGGAAGAAAACCUAGAAACAAAGGAUAUAGAAAGUAUGAGUUGGGUGACAAACUUAGAAAAUGAACUUGGACUUCAAGCAACUUGUGAUGAAGUUGAUCCACUUCUCUCUACUCCUUCCUCUAAAGAGAUUCUGGUGAAGGCUGAAAAUGAUCCAAUUAUAACUUAUUUUCAAAUGUGGCCAUCUUCACCAUUGAAUUUUAAUCUGUAA